ACAGGAUCAAUGGCAGGCUUGCGAAUCGAGGAAGGAGAUAUAGUGGUUAGUCUUGGGACGAGCGACACUGUCUUCUUCUCAGUUAAGGAUCCAAAGCCUGCUGUCGAUGGACAUAUCUUCUGUAAUCCUGUUGACUGCGAAUCUUACAUGGCACUUGUAUGUUUUAAGAAUGGUUCCCUGACCAGAGAGAGAAUCCGGGAUGAAUGUGCCAAUGGUUCGUGGGACGAAUUCUCCAAAGCUUUAAAGGAAACUACUCCAGGGAAUAGUGGAUAUAUAGGUACACUAGUAAAUGUGUGCAUGCAAAUGCAUAGCCUAGUUCAUUGUUUGGUAGUGUUGGAUUUGCCCUCCAAUAAAAUUAGUCUAAAGUGUAAAAUAUCCCAAAUAUCAGUCUAGAAUUGUUCUCGUUGAGCACAU